UCUCUCUCUCUCUCUCUCUCUCUCUCUCUCUCGGUCCCCGCUUCACCACUAUCGGCGCGUGCCACUAUUUAUUUCUAAUGCUCAUUUAAUUUUUUAUUUUUUUUUUUGCAUUUUUUUUAAACAAUUUUCAACGCCGGCUUUUUUUCUUCCCCUCUCUUCCUCCUCCUCCUCCUCCUCCUCAUGUCUUUUUCUUCCUCCAUGUUCUGGAAUAUCAUUUGAAACAUUCGCCUGUUUCACCCUCAUAUUUUCACCACCACCGGAAUUAUCCAUCACUCUGCGUCGGCGCGCGAGACACCAUGAGCGGGUUGAUGUUAUCAUUAUUAUUUUUCAUCUUUUAAAAUCAUCUCUUCCUCUGAUUGCUGAGGGAGGAUUUUUUUUAGCAUGCAGAGGAUUUGAGGAGCGCGAGCGAGGUUCAACACUGAUGGAACAUGUCCUAUGUUCCCUUUCAAGAUGCACGGUAUGCAGUUCCAUCCUCCCAUCAGCCCCAGUCCUCCUACGCUGCUCCACCGUACGAGCGUCCAGGCUGGAACUCGCGUCAAUCCAUGAUCCCUGGAAAUCAGCUCUACAUGUUGGACCAGGAGGAGGUUCACCCUUUACUGAUGCGCGAGCGGCGCUCCGAGUCGCAGAGGAACAAGCUGCUGCGACGCACCGUCAGCGUGCCUGUGGAGGGACGCCACCAUCCUGAGAUGGACCCUGCCCGCCUCAGGCGGAAAAGUAUCGCCACUGGGCGUCAGCCGAGCAUGGAGACCCCUCCCAUAGCCCCCCCUCAACCCUUCCGACAAUCCAGUUUUCUUGGCCGAAGGCUAAAGGGGUCUAUAAAGCGAGCGAAGAGUCAACCCAAGCUGGACCGCACUAGCAGUUUUCGCCAAAUGAUCCUCCCACGAUUCCGCAGCGCUGAUCAGGACAGGACUCGUCUGAUGCAGAGCUUCAAAGAGUCACAUUCCCACGAAUCCCUGCUGUCUCCCAGUAGUGCGGCCGAGGCACUGGAUCUCACGCUGGAUGAGGACGCCAUCAUCAAACCUGUUCACUCCAGCAUUUUAGGGCAGGAGUACUGCUUCGAGGUGACUACCGCUUCAGGAACAAAGUGCUUCGCCUGUCGGUCGGCAGCAGAAAGAGACAAAUGGAUCGAGAACCUACAGAGAGCCGUGAAGCCCAACAAAGACAACAGCCGGAGGGUGGACAACGUCUUGAAGCUCUGGAUCAUUGAGGCCCGGGAACUGCCGCCCAAAAAACGCUACUACUGUGAACUGUGUUUGGACGACAUGCUGUACGCACGCACCACCAGCAAACCCCGCACCGACACUGUCUUCUGGGGCGAGCACUUCGAGUUCAACAACCUCCCGGCUGUCCGCAACCUCCGGCUUCAUCUCUACAAAGAGACGGACAAGAAAAGACGCAAGGAGAAAAGCACAUAUCUAGGACUGGUCAGCAUCCCCAUUUCCAGCAUCACAGGUCGACAGUUUGUAGAGCAAUGGUACCCUGUGAUUCAGCCCAGUGUCCUGGCUAAGGGAGGGGGUGUAGGAGGGGGUAAAAUUAUCAACGCCUCUUUGCGGCUCAAGUCUCGCUACCAGACUAUGAGCAUCCUGCCUAUGGAACUGUACAAAGAGUUUGCAGAGUAUGUCACCAACAACUACCGAACGCUGUGUGCCGUCUUGGAGCCUCUGCUGAGUGUCAAAAGUAAGGAGGAGGUCGCCUGUGCACUGGUGCAUAUCCUACAAAGCACAGGGAAGGCAAAGGACUUUCUUUCAGACAUGGCGAUGUGUGAAGUAGACAGAUUCAUCGACCGAGAGCACCUUAUAUUCCGAGAGAACACCUUAGCCACCAAAGCUAUAGAAGAGUACCUCAAACUCAUCGGACAUAAGUACCUCAAGGACGCUUUAGGUGACUUCAUCCGAGCGCUGUAUGAGUCAGAGGAGAACUGCGAGGUCGAUCCCAUGAGGACUCCACCUUCUGUUCUGCUGGACCAUCAGGCGAAUCUUCGCAUGUGUUGUGAGCUUGCGCUCUGCAAAAUUGUCAACUCACAUUGUGUUUUUCCACGAGAGCUGAAGGAGGUCUUUGCAUCAUGGAGAGUACGCUGUGCAGAGAGGGGGAGAGAGGACAUUGCUGACCGCCUGAUCAGUGGCUCACUAUUCCUGCGCUUCCUUUGUCCAGCCGUCAUGUCCCCAUCAUUAUUCAACCUCACCCAGGAAUACCCGGAUGAGCAGACAUCACGCACGCUCACCCUCAUAGCCAAAGUUCUGCAGAACCUCGCUAACUUCUCCAAGUUUGGCAGUAAGGAGGAGUAUAUGUGCUUCAUGAAUGAGUUCUUAGAGAUGGAGUGGGGCUCCAUGCAGCAGUUUCUGUAUGAGAUCUCCAAUCUUGACAGCAUAAGCAAUGCCGGGGCUUUCGAGGGAUACAUUGACCUGGGAAGAGAGCUUUCAGUCCUGCACAGUCUCCUGUGGGAGGUUAUGGCUCAGCUCAGUAAGGAUGCCAUUAUCAAACUUGGACCAUUACCCCGCCUCCUGAAUGACAUCAGCAUGGCCCUUCGUAAUCCUCAUCUCCAAAGGCAGCCCAGUCACCAGACAGACAGACAGCCUCCAGAAAGGCAGACGGACCGGUUACUCUCUCGACCCAGCUUCAACAGGGGAAUCUCCUCAGAGUUUCAGAACCUCAUGCCGAGGGACCUAAACAGUUCUAUAGAUAUCACUCGCUUGCCUUCCCCGACCUCUGCCAUGUCCGGCGGUGUUGUUCAUCCAUCGCGAGGUGGAAUGGGUGGUUACGUUGAUCGGGAUCAUCCGCAUCGAGCCUCUUCUAAAGAUGUUUUCUAUGUCAACCGUCCACCGCUUGCCCGGUCCAGUCCUGCGUACUGUACAAGCAGCUCCGAUAUCACCGACCCAGACCCAAAGGUUCUGACUGUUAAUGAAAAUAUUUCUAUGAUGGACCUCCAGGACUCAAGAAUGAACAGCGUCUCUAACCUGCAGUCUGUGGGGGACAUGCUCAACUCUCCCCAGGCCUCACUUGCCGGGUUCGGCGGCCUUGGUGGUGCUGGAGGAGGCCUCGGUGGUCAGCUGCGUGCCGGUGGAGGGCGGAUGUCGGCCGGCUCGGGCGGCUCCAGUGUGUCAGGUGGCCUGCGACUAAGCCAGCUUGGCCAGACGGGGACCGCCAACGACUCGCUGUCCCAGCAGCAGCAGCAGCAGGCCGCCGCACUCCGCUACCCACUCUCCUUCCAGAACCCUCUGUUCCACAUGGCCACAGAUGGGCCUCAAAUCCAGCGGCAGCACAGUCGUGCUCAGGUGCCUCCACCCCUCCUGCUGGCCCCAGAGCCAGACUCCUCACAUCCUGCAUACUUGCCACAAUUCGCCCGGGGUGCCUUCUCCAGAAGCGAAGACCUCUCCACACUCAGACCCGGACCGCACCUCGGCCAGCCCAGCAUCGUCCACUCCCACAGCUACAGUGACGAAUACAGCCGGGGAGAUUAUGGCAGACGGCAACUCUCUAUGCAUAUGCAGGAAAACUUCCAGCAGCAGCAGAUGAUGGGCAUGGCUUCACAGACAGGCACAUCUCAUUCCUCCCUCGCCUCGCCCCCCACCACUGUCCAGCCUGUCCGUCAGAGCUCCAUGGCUCCGCCUCCCACACAGCGCAUGAAGUCUCAAACCUCGCAUCAGCUUUCUGUAAGCUCGGCCGCCGGUGCCACUCCCCCAAGCAAGACGAGGCCUCCGAGCGGAAACCUGCUCCAGUCUCCUGAGUCGGGCUUUGGGAGCAGGCAGCAGGGCCCACGGCAGCAGCUGUCUGUCAAGGAUAACACCGCCCCCGGCCUUCCUCAUCAGCACAGCUCAACCCGCGAGAGCCAGGGAUCUCAGGGUUCUCAGGGGGGAACGCCACAGUCAACGCAGCAGUUACACAAGGAGCGACAACACUCGCAGCAGCACUUACUCAAGCCUUCCAUUAGCAAACAGGGCUCAUCACCCAACACUUUGAACCCGCCCACUCCUGCGUCAGAAAGGACAGUGGCCUGGGUGUCCAACAUGCCGCAUCUUUCUGCUGACAUCGAGAGCUCACGCAUCGAGAGAGAAGAAUUUAAGCUUAAGGAGUACUCCAAAAGCAUGGACGAGUCGCGUUUAGACCGGGUACGGGAGUACGAGGAGGAGAUCCAUUCCCUGAAGGAGCGUCUGAUGAUGUCACACCGCAAGCUGGAGGAGUACGAGAGGAGGCUACUCACUCAGGAGCAACAGACCAACAAGAUCCUGCUGCAGUACCAGAGUCGGCUGGAGGACAGCGAGAGGAGGCUGAGGCAGCAGCAGGUGGAGAAGGACUCCCAGAUUAAAGGGAUAAUCGACAGACUGAUGGCGGUGGAGGAUGAGCUGAGGGUAGGGGUCGUAUCAGAGCACAAAUCCAGGAUGUUUGCAGAUCAGGGGAGGCGGCAAUCCAUCCUAGUGCAGCCCCGUCUCGCACCCGUCCCUCCUCGAAUGCACAGCAUUUUUAUGGAUGUAUCCCAUACCUCGGCCGUGUAACUCAUUCUCCUCUUUUUUCCCUUCCCACUACUUUUCCCAUCCCUUGUGACCAUAUCUGUCCUUCUCUCCUUUUCUUUUUCUUCUUCCCUCUCUCCUUCUGUCUUCUUUGAAUGAUUCUUUGCACCAUUUUGUCCUUUUGUUUUCAUUUUUUCUUCUAUUCUUUUCUUCAUCCACCUUCUGUCCUUCAAACGCUCCUUGUGUCCUUUCUUUCCUCUAUUUUCUCUCCCUCCCCUUUCUUUCUUUCUCUUUGUCUUUGCUAGGAAGAGCAGCUUCCCUCCCUGGGUUCUCCAGACCCCGGUGUGAGUGUUGGCGGAGGAGAAAUGAGCGCCGCUCCUGCCUUUGGAGUCUCUCCCUCGGACAUCUCCUCCGACAACCCGCCCCAGAACGGAGGCCCGUCCCCCAAAGUAGCUUCUCCCACCCACCCCCCACUUCAUACGCACCUCGGCCGGAAUGGAGAGAUGUGCGCCAACCAAAAAGCCUCUAUGGCAAACGGGACCACAACAACAUCAAACAUGGGAAGCGGAUUAGAAGGAGGGGGAGCAGGUCUCUAACGGCACUACGCCAAUCCGAGCGAAGAAUGAUAACAUCCCUUACUUCUGCCCUUUUUCAUCAUUUUUUUCCUGCAUGAGGCACAUCUUUAUUGGGAGGCGCGUAUCCUUACACCAUCCACACGAAACUACUAAAGGGCUCUCCAGUGGAUGGAUCUCAUAUAUCCUGUUGAGUAAAGUAGAAAAAAUACAUGACUUUUUCCAUCAUAUGUUGCUUUGGAAUGACAUCAUAUGUGGUGUCCAGUGAACCAAAUGUGGGUGACGCUUGUGAAUGAUCUGAAUUCCUGAAUUUAGAUUUUUUUGGGGGGUUUUUUCAGCUGGUUAACUGACCUCUAGAGUGCUGUGUAAAACAAAAAGACAUAAUUCUCUAAAAAAAAACUAUGUGGGUAAAAGGUCUAAACCUGUUCAGAUAAUGCCAGCUUUCAAGGCUUUCUGAAGCAGAUCCGCUCGUAUUGUCAUGUCGUCUGGCUUCCUUAGUGCCUUUUCUGCAUCCUUCAACAGGGUUUUCAAACAAGCAACAGAAUAACGAUUUCGACAACACGUUCCCAUUUGGCAUCACGCGUCUCGCUCGUUCACGUUAAAGUGACUUGGACGAUAUUAUGAUCUGGAACAGGGAAACAUUUUCAUAAAUUUUUUUUCUUUCGAAAGCAGAAGAAGCCGUUCAUUUUUUUUUAACAUCACACUUAACGAGAAGUACUCUUGGUCUUCAAAUUGAAAUUUGAAAUGAAGGAAGCUGCCUCAGUAGAUUGCUGGACUUGUGCAAUGUUUUUCUCUUCUCAAUCUCAGAACCUGUGUGUGAUCAACUGGUGCUAUAGAUAAAGAAAAAAAGCAGUCAGAUAUCUGUGUCUCAUAGAAUUGCCUCCCAUUAACCCAAACCCCUUCCUCCCUUCACCCCAGCUCCUUGGUGUCCAUUUUUCUUGCCAUGCUGUUCAUUACUCCUUUGAAUGUUCAGUGUUUCAUGAAUGCAGUGUGAGGUGGUCUCUGUCAGGACGUUUUCAUAUCAAAAUACGACACUAGGCCAAUCACAGAGGGCCUGACUUGUUACCGUCUUGUAAACAAUAUCAGUUUGCUAUAUUUUUUCUUGUUUUACAGUACAUUUAUACUCCCACUGCUUUAGGGUUUGAAAUAAGGAACUAAUAAGUGACAUCUCAGUUAUGUUUUUAUAUGGACUUUAUUAGGCUUUUUUUUAAGUAGCUCAACCUACAGUCAAGAUUUCAGCUGUGAUUAUACUACAGAGGUGCCAAUACUAUCUGCCAUAAAUUUAUAUUUAUUUACAGCAAAUUUUCAAAUUUGAUAUAUGAAAGACCACAGCUCUGAAUUCUUGGUUUCUGUUCGCUCACAACACAGAGGCUCGUGAGUUCAGAGGUCAGAUUUCACCUUGAUAACAUCAAGAAAUGAAAGUAACCAUUUCCAAAAGCAAAAGAUUGUCUUUCCUGUCCUUCUGUCCUUUCCCUUUAACUUGCAUUUGCUCUGAACACUGAUUCAACUGAAAACCUUGCAGGAGAUUAGCAAAGAUCUACCUAGUUACUGUAAAUAUUGGCGCCUCUGAUCUCUGAUUAGAACAUUUGACCUUGAAAAAAGUGCGCAUCUGUACAAUAAUUCUCUACCUUAUAUUCUUCUACGCUAUAUAGAAUCACGUCACAUCUGUCUGCAGAUAUUCUGAUGUCUUGUUUUCAUUUUAUAUAUGUUAUCAUGAUAAACAUAUUAUACAGUCAUAAUCAUGACGACCUAGCUUAUCCAAUGCAGCAGGCUGUGAAAUGUCUUUUAUAACUAAUUUGUUGUAAGCCUUUAGGCCUUAUAGGACUCAUGCUUGUGAUUCAAAGCACUCGAUUCGAGUUGGUGUGUUAAAAAAAUAGAUGCACUAAUAUAACUAGGCUGGAAGGAGAAACUGGGUUCAGAUGAACAGCACAAUAAGAGAAGCGUUAAUAUCUUUAACUGUCUAAAGUCUAAAGAUGAACUUUGAGACUAGAGAAGAGAAUGGACUGAUUACCUUCUGUUUCUUCGAGAGCCUUAAUUGCAUAUAUGGCUAUAUUACAAGCAAGUUUUUAAAAUUCAGUAAUAAAAACAAGGCAUCCUUAAAGACAUGGUUGAAGAACAUGGUCUACAGGGUCUCUGGUCGGUGAUAUACCUCAGCCAACAGGAAUAAGAGACUCAGGUAAACAUUCUGCUUCGCAGCUUAGCGCAGAGUAGUCGGUCCAUCUCUUCUCUAAGAAGUAGCAGUGAUUUCCUCGCUCUUCUGCAUCCCUAUUUUUCUUUCUAUCCCGUCUCUCUCCCACCAGCCAAGCACACAGCUUUGUGGAGGACAAUCUGGAAUCUAAUUGGACGCCUCACCUAGGACCGUCCCCAGGAUGGCAUGGCUAUAACGCCAGGGCGCUAUCUCGCGACUCGCUCGCUUGACAGAGAGGAAACUGAGGCUCUGAAACAUAAGAGCCCCAGGUGACCCCAAAGAGAACCUAGGUACCCUCCGUCUUCUGCUCCUUCUCAGACUUUUUUCUCUAGGACCUUUCAUCCUUCAACACAAAAUGCUUGCGUCUCAGAGAGGCUUUCAGACAUGCAUGUAAAGAAGGUGUCCAAGGACCGUCUGCGUCUCCCGUUCAAACAUUUGAGCAAUGCUUUACAAACUCUUUACACAAGAACUACGUGAACAUCUCAUCCACAGGGAAGGAGACGUUUCCAUGUGUGUUUAAAAAAGGUGCUGUUCUUCUAAGACAUGACAUACACAGAUUCCUUCUGUUCAUCACAUCUUUCUCUCUGUCUCUCUCGCUCUCUCUCUCUUUGCUUUUCGAGUCUCUUCAUCCGAGGUAUUUAAAUAUGCAUCUAAAUAUACACCGGUGAAAUAAACCGUUUGUGAGGUGCAUAUGUGUGGAGGACAGAAACACCACAUAUUGUUUAUUCUUUUUUCUUUUCCCUCUUAAUCAUGCCACAUUAUCACGUCUGCUUCAGUUAGACAAGAGAAGAAAAUACAGAACUGUUGGAGAAGCAAGUUCCUUUGGAUGUUGUCAUUUUUAACCCGCUUCCCUUCUUCGUCUCUUCCCACGUCUCAGUGAUCUGCCUCUGCAACGCAGCAGUUGGACUUUUUUUUCAUUAUAAAGUAUCCGAUCCUGAAAGCCCUAACGAGGAAACGUAGUCUGUUGUUUAUCCACAUGUCAGUGGAGAGUUCACCGGAUUCGGAGAGAACAUUCACUUUUAACUUCUUCUGGACUUCACGGCCGGACAGCCUGGACAUUUUUAAUUUUUUCCUUCCUUUUUUUGUUUGUUUUCUUAAACAAUUGCAGGUAUGUAUUGCAGUUGAAAUCAUGUUGUGUAGUGAGUGAAUGUGUGUAUAUAUGAUGUAUGGGUAUAUAUUAUAUGGACAUGUACAUACGAUUUGUUUAUAUAUGCAUUGUACAGAAUGUAUUUUGUCCAAAGGAGGAAACGUUUGUUCUUCUGUUUUUUUUUGUUGUUGUUUUUUUUUUUUUUUCGGAAAAGUGGCAAUUACGAGGCAGGUGUCUUUGGAAGCACUUUUUUUGCACAGAUUAACAUACAGAGUCUGAGACGUAUGAUGCAUCACCAUUACGCUGCCACACACCUCGAGCUUGCACCCAUUUUCUCAUUGACUGGGGCAUUUUGUAAUAGUUUCUA